AUGGUCGGACUUGUAUCGGCCGCCGGUCUUGUCGGCUUCCUCUCCGAGCCUGACCCAGAGCUUAAGGUCUUUGCCUUAAAGACAUUAGAUUCUCAGAUCGAUCAUCUCUGGACAGAAGUCGUCAACUCUGUCCCCGAAAUUGAGGCUCUAUACGAAGAUGAAUCAUUCUCGGAACGUGGACUAGCAGCGCUAGUCGCAUCGAAGGUGUACUAUCACCUGCAGGAAUAUAACGAGAGCAUGGUCCUCGCUCUGGGCGCAGGCAAGCUGUUCAAGCUCGAGAACGGUGGCGAAUACGAGGAAACCAUCAUCGCGAAAUGCGUUGACACAUUCAUUUCUCUAUCUGCUGCCCAAAGGCCCACCACCGGUGACCAAUCCGCCAACCUGAACACUGCAUUCCCAGCAUCGGGCGACGGUGCCACAAGUACAUCCGCCAGCCUUACCUCCCCCAUCACACCAUUCUCUAAAUCCGCUCUGCCCUCCAAAUCACUGCUUUCUCGUGCUGAGGUUCCCGGAAUCGAUGCCGCACACCCGGGUGGCGAUGACACCAGCGUGGUGCACGAGGAGAGCUCUUUGGUGCUUAAGCGUGGUGUCCAAGGACAAUUGCAAGGUGUUAUCGAGCGACUGUUUGAAGAAUGUUUCCGACAGAAGCGAUACCGCCAGGUAAUUGGAAUCGCCAUUGAGGCGAAGAGCUUGGACGUGCUCCGUAUGGCCAUCCUUCGCGCCAGCAAUGACGAGAAGCAGCAGGAGGGUGAUUCUCGCCAAAGUGAGGAACUCAUGGAGUAUGUUCUUGACAUUUGCAUGGGCGUUGUUCAAGAACGGGCCUUCCGCAGCGAGAUCCUCAAGCUCAUUUUGGAGCUGCUUAACGAGAUCCCCGCACCCGACUUCUUCUCCAUCGCCAAAUGCGUUGUGUACCUUAAUGAGCACUCCAUGGCGUCCAAUAUCCUGCGCCAAUUGGUUGAGAAGGGUGAUGCGCGCUCGCUCGCCGUCGCCUACCAGAUUUCUUUCGACCUUUACGAUAACAGCACACAGGAGUUCCUCCAAAAGGUUCGGCAAGAAAUUGCUGAGCUCGUGCCCGAGGAUACGGCAGAGGAUAACGAUCAGGAGGCCGAGCCGACAGAGUCGGAUUCGCUUAUCCAGAACCAGGGAACCUCAUCCCAGCGUCCUAAUAAGCAAUUUGAUCUCCCAGAAGAAGCACUCACUGCUUUUAAGAACAUUAUUCAGAUUCUCGAUGGUAUUAAAACCAUCCAGCUGAACCUGGAAUUCUUAUACCGCAACAACAAGGCCGAUAUUGCGAUCCUGAACAAGAUCCGAGACAGUCUGGAGGCUCGCAAUUCGAUCUUCCACACAGCUGUCACCCUCUCCAACGCUUUCAUGCACGCUGGAACCACCCACGACAAGUUCUUCCGCGAUAACUUGGAGUGGCUUGGCAAGGCCGUGAACUGGUCCAAGUUCACAGCCACUGCCGCACUGGGCUGUAUUCACCGUGGCAACCUGAGCCAGGGCCAGAAGCUUCUUCAGCCAUACCUUCCCCGUGAACACAUUGCCGGAGUUGGAGGCUCUGGAUCUGUUUACAGCCAGGGAGGUUCCCUCUACGCUUUUGGUCUGAUCUAUGCCAACCACGGAGGCAUGGCGGUCGACAUCAUCCGCGAUCACUUCAAGAAGGCUACUGAGGAGGUCGUUCAGCACGGAGGUGCCCUUGGACUCGGUGUUGCUGGUAUGGCUACCGGUGACGAAGGCAUCUACGAUGACCUGCGUAAUGUUUUGUACACUGAUUCUGCUCUCAAUGGUGAGGCUGUUGGUCUUGCCAUGGGUUUGAUCAUGCUGGGUACUGGCAACAUGAAGGCAUUGGAGGACAUGAUUCAGUACGCACACGACACCCAGCACGAGAAGAUUGUCCGUGGUCUCGCCAUGGGUAUGGCUUUGAUCAUGUAUGGUCGCCAGGAAGGCGCGGACGAGCUGAUUAAUGGUCUCCUCGGCGACCCCGACCCAACUCUCCGCUAUGGUGGUAUCAUGACCAUUGCCCUGGCCUACUGUGGCAGUGGCAGCAACAAGGCUGUUCGCAAGCUUCUGCACGUCGCCGUGAGCGAUGUCAACGAUGAUGUUCGUCGUGUUGCCGUUCUCAGCUUGGGCUUCAUCCUGUUCCGCAAGCACCAGAGCGUUCCCCGCAUGGUUGAGCUGCUCUCCGAGUCAUACAACCCCCAUGUUCGCUACGGUGCUGCCAUGGCACUGGGUAUUUCUUGUGCCGGUACUGGCCUGGACGAAGCUAUCGACCUCCUCGAGCCCAUGCUCAAGGACUCAACCGACUUCGUCCGCCAGGGUGCUUUGAUUUCCCUUGCCAUGGUUCUUGUUCAGCAGAACGAGGCUAUGAACCCUCGCGUGACGAGCCUACGCAAGGCCAUGAUGAAGAUGCUCGGUGACCGUCACGAGGAUGCCAUGGCCAAGUUCGGCUGUGCCAUUGCCCUCGGUAUCAUCGACGCCGGUGGCCGCAACUGCACAAUCAGCUUGCAAACCCAAACGGGCAACCUUAACAUGCCUGGUAUCGUUGGUGCUGCGGUCUUCGUGCAGUACUGGUACUGGUUCCCUCUCACCCACUUCCUCUCCCUCAGUUUCACCCCGACCUCCGUCAUCGGAGUCGACCAGAAGCUCGAGGUUCCUCACUUCAAGUUCCACAGCAACACCCGCCCUAGCCUCUUCGACUAUCCCCCUGAGCAACAAGUCAAGACCGAAGAAGCUCCGGAGAAAGUCAAGACCGCCGUUCUUUCCACCACUGCCCAGGCCAAGCGUCGUGCCCAGCGUCGUGAGAAGCAAGCGCGCCGCGAGAGCAUGGACAUCGACCAGGCCCCCACCACACCCAAGGCCACCGAGCCCGAUGCGAUGGAGACGGACGAUGCCACCAAGGAGGAGGGAGAAGAUGCUAAGGACACUGAAAAGAGUGCCACCGAAGGCCAGAAGAAGAAGGUUGAGCGCGAGAAGGUUGGAUACGAGCUCGACAACCUCUCAAGGGUGCUCCCCGCCCAACUCAAGUACCUCACAUUCCCCGACCCACGUUACGAGCCGGUCAAGCGCCCUACCGGCGGUGUCGUCGUUGUCCUGGACAAGCAACCCGAGGAGCCUCGCGAGGUCGUCGAACUGAAGGCCAGCAAGGAAGCCCGCCAACCGCCCCCAUCAACCGAGACCCUGCAGGACCGUCUGCAAGCCGCGAUUGGUAACGCGGCAGCACGUGGCGGCCCGCAGACUCCUACCCGUGAUGACCCUCUGGAAGCCCUGGCCAACAUCGCCGGCGGCGCUGCCGCUGGUGCCGGUGUCUUGACGGCCGUGGAUGAGGACGAGGAAGGCGUUGAGGAUGCUCCUGUCCCUGACGACUUCACCUACGAGUCGGAUGAGGAGUAG